GCGUUUAAAAAAUUCUUUGUUUGCCGGUAAUACAGUUUUCUUUUCGGCAGACGUCAACCUUCCGCAAUUUAUCAAUUUACCAAGAAACGUGUAAAUAUUAAUUUUUGUGCACAGAUAUUGUACCCAAUCAACAAUGAAACCUCUUAUGCUCCACGGACACGAACGUGCCAUCACACAAAUCAAAUAUAACAGGGAAGGAGAUUUAUUGUUCUCUUCCUCAAAGGAUAACAAACCCAAUGUAUGGUACUCAUUAAAUGGUGAAAGGUUGGGUACGUUCAAUGGCCAUCAAGGAGCUGUUUGGUGUAUUGAUGUAGAUUGGACAACAACAAGGUUUCUCUCUGGUGGUGGUGACAACACUUGUAAAUUAUGGGAUUGUGAAACUGGCAAAGAAAUUGGCAACAUUGAUACAAACUCAUCUGUAAGAACAUGUUUGUUCAGUUAUUCAUCAAAUAUAGCAGCUUACACAACAGAUAAAGCUAUGGGUCACCCUUGUGAAAUAUUCAUUAUUGAUGUUAGGACUGUUGAUGAAAGCUUCUCUAAACAAGAUCCAAUUUUACGUAUUCCAAUCAGUGGCCCCAGAGUUUCAUCAAUCUUGUGGGAUAAUUUGGAUGAAACAAUUAUAACAGGACAUGAAGAUGGAGACAUUAUUAGUUGGGAUCUCAAAACUGGCAAAAAACUGAACUCCUGUAAAGAACACACCCACCUAAUUAAUGACAUGCAAUGGAACAAAGAUGGCUCAAUGUUCAUUACAGCAUCAAAAGAUCACACAGCAAAAUUGUUUGAUGCAGAAGAUCUGGUGUUGUUGAAAACCUACAAAACUGAAAGACCUGUAAACUCAGCAGCCAUAAGUCCAAUUGCUGAACAUGUAGUAUUAGGUGGUGGUCAAGAUGCUAUGGAGGUAACUACUACAUCAUCCAGGAUAGGAAAGUUUGACUCCAGGUUCUUCCAUAUGGUAUUUGAAGAAGAAUUUGGUAGAGUUAAGGGUCAUUUUGGACCUAUUAACAGUGUUGCUUUUCAUCCUGAUGGUAAAAGCUACAGCUCAGGUGGUGAAGAUGGUUAUGUUAGGGUGCAUAAUUUUGAUUCAUCAUAUUUUGAAUACAAUUUUGAUUAUUAAUUUUGUAUUACAAGAAUAUAUCCUUUUAUGAACGAA